AUUUUGACAACACAAUAAUUUUUCAACACUCCUUUUGAAGUUGUGUUUACCUCAGUUGUCAAGCAGAAAUGGCGAGUCAGUCAGGGGAGAUAAUGAGGAAUCUCGAAGCUGAAGUAAAAACACAGGGAUUACCUCCCUUGUUGCAACGUCAGUGGGUCUCAAAAGCUAGCAAUAAGGGAAACCCUGUCAGAAUUAUGCAGUGGAAUGUCCUGGCGCAAGCUAUGUCUGGAGUUGAUAAAAACUUUAUAAAAUGUCCAAAAGAGGCGGUGCAGUGGCAGAUACGAAAGAACAGAAUUCUACAAGAGAUUCUACGAUACCAACCAACAGUGCUUUGCAUCGAGGAGGUUGACAUGUUUGACUUCUUAACAGAAAAUCUUGCCCCAUUUGGAUAUGUUGGCAUCUUCAUUCCAAAGCCUAAAUCACCGUGUUUAGAAUUUGCUGAUAACAUGGGAGCAGAUGGGUGUGCUAUGUUUUAUAAAACAUCAGCUUUGAUUCUCAGUAACUCAAAUUCUGUUUCUUUAAAGAUAGAUGGCAAGCCAACAAACCAGGUCAUGAUUUUUGGCCAGUUUCAGACCAAGAUUGAUAGUCCGCAGUCAUUUUAUGUUGGUGUGACACAUCUAAAGGCUAAACCUGACUUCAGUGAACAGCGAAGAAAGCAGGGAGAGUUCAUUGCGGACUUCAUCAAAACAAAUUGCAGUGACGAUCCGGUUAUUUUCUGUGGGGAUUUUAAUGCUGAACCAAUAGAACCUGUGUAUCAAAUCAUGAAGGACUUGAAUCUCAAUAGUGUUUAUACAAGCUUGAGCGAGGAUGGAAAAACCGAACCAAAAUUUACCACAUGGAAAAUUCGGCCAAAAGGAGAAGUGACUCACACCAUUGACUACAUUUGGUACUCAGGGUUCAAGGUCAAGGCCAUCUUGGAUCUUCCGUCAGAGGAAGAAGUUGGGGAAGGACGCCUUCCUUCAUUGAAAUACCCAUCUGAUCAUGUAUCCCUUGUCUGUGAUUUGUUGUUUGAUUCAAAGAAACUAUGAUCCAAAGUGUUAUAGACUCAUAAUCUAUCUCUGUAACUUUAAGUUCCAAUGAUCUGCGGGGUUUGUUUAUAUACUAACUGUCCUUUCAUUUCAUGCUUUACUAUUCAAAGAAGAUAAGAGAUAUACUGCUCACCCAGCUUGGUUAUGGUUUUGCAUGUAAGCACAUUUAAGAACAUGUAUCUAAUCUUAAUUUAUACAUUAACAGUAUGUACAUGUAUUGCAUUGGAACCUUAGACAAGUGUUCCCAUCCUUCCAAACUACUUCAUUAAUCAUGUAAAAUAACUCUGUCUUUUCAUAUAUUGCAAAUAAUGGCCCUUUAUUAUUCAACUUUGAAAUUCUGGUCAUGGUUUUGCAUUGAAGAAGACAUAAGGUUAUAAAUCGGCAACAACUUUAUGUAUUGCAUUUAGACUUUCUACAAUAGUUCUUAACAAUAUAAUCUACUUAAUUAAGUUAGAUCACAUGUUACUAAUUAACACAAACUUGCAUAAUAAUAAAAACCAUUACAUACUGUAAAGGUUCAGUCUGUUGCAUGUUUUUUUUUGUACAUGGUAUACGUUUUGUGUAUGCAUUUUUUAGAGAAUUCAUUUGUAUUCCUUUACCAGGUAAUAAGUGUCUUUUACUCUGUAUUUCGUAUUACACUGUUGUAUUUAGUAUUACACUGUAUGCACUGUGCUAUUUCACAUAUUUAUUGAUAAAACGGUACCAGUAUUUUGCC